AUGCCCUGUUGCACGCCCACGCCCUGUUGCACAUAGAGGUCCUGUUGCACACCCACGUCCUGUUGCACGCCCACAUCCUAUGCUGUUGCACGCCCAUGUCCCAUUGCACAUAUGCUGUUGCCGGCUCACAUCCUGUUGCGUGUCCGUGUCCCGUUGUCACACGUGUAG